UCUCUAUUUGACUCAUACCCACCAAAGUUCUAUAUCGUAGUCUAAGGGGGGUCUGGUUGAACGCUGUGGAAGCUUGGAGCUGGAGUCAUACCAACAUUCUACUGGUCGAGGAUAUCCUGUAAGGACUCAAGUAUCUCAAUGUUUGGAGGAGGUGGAAUUGGAUGGAAGUGUCUGACGUGAAACAGUGAUCAGUUGUCUUCACACAACGUCUACUAGGAGUUCCUUACUACUGAAUUAUCUGAAGAAGAAAAACAUUCUGGGUGAUUUUGGAACAUUGCAACUGCAAAGCUUCACAGGACUUUAGUUGUACUCAAGUGGAUGAGGCAGUUCUACUGAUUUAGUUGUACUCAAGUGGAUGAGGCAGUUCUACUGAUUUAGUUGUACUCAAGUGGAUGAGGCAGUUCUACUGAUUUAGUUGUACUCAAGUGGAUGAGGCAGUUCUACUGAUUUAGUUGUACUCAAGUGGAUGAGGCAGUUCUACUGAUUUAGUUGUACUCAAGUGGAUGAGGCAGUUCUUCUGAUUGCCGUAUAUCUUUUUGUGGAGUAUGGUUUUGGAUUAUGCUCUUUUGGAUUUAAAUUUUUGGGGACGUGAAUAAUGUAUAAAUCAACAAUCGAAAUGCUGAAAUGUAACGUGUUUUUUUUAGCACUUUGUGUGGCAUCAGGGAUUCUCUUGUGUGUAUCUGCCGUCGCCGAGGACCAGACAUGCAGCAUAAACGUAACCGAGGCCGACAGCAGUCUGGAAUCUAUAACGUUGAGACUGACCACGGAGGGACAGCAGUGUAACUUCACUGUGUUGUCUAUGGACAGUAGCUCUGUAGUAACACACUGUGUGGAGGAUCUGAAGGACAACAAUACGUUUCAAUGCCAGGUAGUGAGUUUAGAACCUGGAACAUCAUACACCCUGCAAAUCAUGUCCACCACAGAUGAACAACGGGCCAAUGUCACCCUGCAGACCAGUCCAUCGACAGUCAGUGGCCUACAGGUGUCUGGGACAUCAGACAGCCUGGGAGUUUCCUGGCAGCCUGGCCCAGGGAGGACUGAGCGCUUCAGGCUACUGCUCACCGACCGAGUGGGUGUGGUGAGGAACCUGACUCUGGAGAGCACCGCUAAAGACUACACUGUCACCGACCUGGUGCCAGGGCGCGUGUAUAACAUCACCAUGGUGACGGAGGCAGGGGGACGCCAGAGUACCACCUCAAGACAAAUACAGACGGUGCCCUAUGCCGUCUCCAACCUGAAGCUAGAGAACAAUAACACCCAGGACAGUUUGAGGGCAUCAUGGAGUCAACCCCAGGGUGAUGUGGACUCUAUAGUGGUGACCCUGUCCUCGUCUGGAACCACCCCUCUGGAGAAGACCCUGUCAUCUGACACCACAAAGGCCCACUUCCACCAGCUGACACCCGGACGGACCUAUCAGGUUUCUGUCGCCACCAAGAGCGGAGAGCUCUCCAACCAAUCAACUGCCUCGGCUAACACAGUCCCAGGUAAAGUGUCCCAGCUCUCUAUGGAGGCGCUGGAUGACUCCAACUCUCUGAAGGCGAUGUGGGCUCCCCCUGGUGGAGACUGGGAUAAGUACAGGGUGCUGCUGUUAAAUGGGACCCAGACUCUGGAUAACAGGACCGUGGAGAAAGGGGUGGUGGAGUACACCUUCUCUGGCCUGGGACUGGUUCCUGGGAGGACCUACAGGGCUGGGGUCAUGGUGGAGAGCACUGGGGAGCAAGGCACUGUGGAGUACUGCCACAGAGGAAUAGCUCCUAAGCCUGUCUCAGAGCUCCAUAUCCGCCAUGCUGACGAGACCUCCCUCAGCGCCCUGUGGAGUCACGCCCCCAACUCAGCCAGGGACGGCUACGCCGUGGAGCUCCGCCAUGGCAAUGCCACGGUUGCCACGAGAGACCUGACCCGUGACAUGAGGGAGUGCACCUUCAACGUGCUCAUGCCUGGACGUGUGUUCACCAUUACCGUGACAACCAAGAGCGGGGAGCUCAACAGCUCUGUGUCGGUGCUAGGGAGGACAGUACCUCUGGAGGUGAGGCGUGUCCACCUGAGCAACCAGGGCCACGUGGACAGUUUACAGGCCAGCUGGGAACUCCCUGGAGAUCUGGACUUCUGCAGCCUGCAGCUCCUCCACAACAACCGGGCUGUGCAGAACCACACCGUCCCAGCCAACACCACCUCUCUGCAGCUCAGAGACCUCAGGCCUGGCGCCUCCUACAGGCUGGUGGUCAGUACUGUCAGUGGUGGGAUGGUUUCGAAGCAGGCCGUGGCUGAGGGACGCACUGUACCAGCUGCGAUCGGAGAGGUCACGGUCAGUAACAACGGUCGUCCAGACUUCCUGGGGGUGUCGUGGCAGCCAGCGGUCGGAGAUGUGGACAGUUACCUGGUCCUACUGAAGGACCGCGACAGGACCGUACACAACCUGGUGGUUUCUAAGGCAAGCCCAGAGUGUGUGUUUAACUCCCUCAAGUCAGGGAGGCUGUACACCGUCUCCAUAGCAACCCGCAGCGGCAGCUUCCAGAACAACACGGUGGUGACGGCUCGUACACGUAGUGUUUCAGAACUGAUGGGAUCCUGUGAGUCUAUUCCUGAAAGUCUGAGUACCAGUCCAGUGUUUCUACUGAUGGGGUCAGAACAGUACCAGUCCAGUGUUUCUACUGAUGGGAGAACGUUCCCCUCUGCGGUGCGGAGCCUGGCCCUGGGUGACAGUGGUACAGGUGAUCUGGUGGUCACAUGGUCUCCAGCGCUGGGGGACGUUGAUCACUACGAGGUCCAGAUCCUCUUCAACGACACGCGGGUUUACCCGCCCGUAACCCUGGGCAACGAGGCCCGUGACCACCGCCUGGCCUCGCUCACCCCGGGACGCCUGUACAAGAUGGUGGUGUCCACCUUCAGUGGACCCAACCAGAGACCUCAGUUCAUCGAGGGCAGGACAGUCCCCAGCCAGGUGAGGAACCUCCAUGCCCGGCCAGGGGACCAGGCUGCCAGCCUGAGGGUGUCCUGGACCCCUGGUGAUGGGGAUGUGGACAUGUACACCGUGUCCCUAUCCCAGGGGUCACACCUUCUGGAGACCAGACCUGUCCCCAAACACGUCACUGAGCUGGACUUUCAGGGUCUGGUACCAGGACAGCUGUACGGGGUCGAGGUUCAGUCCCUGAGUGGAAUACUGGUCAAUAAUUCAACAACUACUGGACGAACAGUCCCCUCCACAGUGACAGCGCUCCAGGCAGACAGUGACCACACCACCCACAGUCUAACAGUGACCUGGGAGACUACAGUGGGAGUGUACGAGGGUUACAAGAUCCAGCUCCUGGAUGAUGGACGUGACAUAGUCUCUAAUAUUUCCAUGCCCCAGGGCUCCACCAGGCACCUCUUCGACCAGCUCACCCCUGGGAAGUGGUACCGAGUUCGGGUCGUAUCCGUCAGUGGAGGGAUCUAUGGCAAGGAGGCCGUGGCUGAGGGACAAACACGUCCAGCUGCAGUCAACGGUCUGACGGUGAUGACUGCCAACACCAGCGGUCUGAGUUUCAUCUGGCGCCCGUCCGAGGGCUACGUGGACGGAUACGACCUGUUCCUGUAUAACGUUGACGAGACGUUGCGUGGCCGUCAGACCGUGGAGGCCGGAACCCAGAUGUGCUCCUUCUCUGGUCUGGUCCCAGGGACGCUGUACAAGAUGGAGGUGGUGAGCAGGAGCAGAGGCAUGAGCAGUGACUCAUCUAUCCUAGCGCGGACAGGUGAGACGGACACACACUGAAAUCAUCUGACACACCUGGGUCAAAUAUUUGAAGUGUGCUUUGUAGUCCAAAAACCGUCCCAAACUCCAAGCUAAAUCAAGCACACCUCAAAUUCCGUUUCCGUUGACAUGUAUUUCACCCAGGAGUAGCGUAUGA